CCAGAGCAUCUCCCCUGCAGCUGCACAGCUCCUCCAGUGCCUGUCCCCCUGCGAGAGCUGUUGACAGAGCCAAGCAGCCCUCUGGCAGCUGCGAACAAGCCAGCCCCCCUCUCCACCCCUUUGCACUGUCCCCUCCUGAAAUUGCAUCUCCUCCUUGGAGGAGCCGGAGAGAGACACACAGCCAGCCCCGCUGCUCAGCCAGCUCCGCUCUCGCUCCCGGCCCUCCCUCCUUUGCUUUUCUGGGCAGAGCUGCAGGGCUGGAGCAGCCUUGCCCGUCCUAGGGCACCCCCGGAGAAUGCACAGAGCCAGCUGAGCGUGCGACUGCUCCGGGCAGGAGGCUGCCCUGCAGCAAGGACUGGGGGGCUUUCCUUCACCCAGUGUUUCUCAACCUUUUUGAUACCAGGGACUGGCUUGCUGCCUUCCUAAACUGUGUCAGGGAGAUCUCAGGGACCGGUGCCAGGACCCUCCGGCUUUGGAGUGGGGUGUCCUGCGUUCGCAGCCCCCCAGCCUCGCCGGCUGGGAGUUUGCCCGGAGCCCGGCCAGAGUCCCCGGCCCCCCCAACAUGGACACGGUGGCCAGCGACAUCGCGGACCUCAGCAGCCAGGACGCGCAGAGCGUGUGCGAGGCGCUGGGGCGCUAUGAGGACACGCUGCGGGGCGCCGUGCGGGAGAUCCACGUGGACAUCCAGGUCUUCAAGCAAGGGGUGGACCGGCAAGUGGACGAGGUGCUGCGCCUGGCCAGCCCGCUGGCCCGCACCGUCGCCGAGCUGCAGCAGGAGAACCAGCGGCUGCGAGCGCAGGUGGAGCGCCUGGCCAGGCAGGUGGAAGCCCUCAGCAGGUCAGCGGGGCUGCCGGACAGCUGGGCUGCGGAGGGGCCCGGCUCUCCUGGAGCUGGCACAAGGCUGGCCAGGUUCUCCAGUCAUGCCACCUUAUCCAUGACGGGCAAGAGCCAGAGCGUGGACCUGGAUGACCACAACGAACCUGAGAUUAGAAGAGUUUCUAAUUCCUCCAUAGUUGAAAACGGACACCAGUCUUUGGCAGGUCAGGCAAAAGUCUCACAAGAAGUGACCUCUUCCUUUCAGAUGUCAAACUCGUCCCCUGAGGAACAUGCCCCUGCAGUAACCUUGCGGAUGCCCCACCUUCCUGUUACUGCAGUAACAAGAGUAUCAGAGAAGUUUUCAGGAGAAACCUCUGCCUUAUCAGGAACGAGUAAUGCUACCAGUGGCCUGAUAGGGCAGAGCAGGAGCCAGAAUGAGGCUGUGAUGAAAACUUCCAGCCAAUCAGUGACUGCUGUGAAGACCUGGAAUUCAAGUUCCGUGAGAACAAUGGGCACCUCCAUAGCUGCAGAGAAAAGCACUUCCGUCACAAAGUCUAUGUCAGCCAUGAGCUAUGGAUUGACUAGUGGAACCAAAGCUAGUGAAAGCAAUACCAUUGACAGUUACUAUGAUGUGACACCCAAAUCCUGUUCCCCACCUCCGACUGUACAUCGCCAAGUGGAACGGAGGCGAGAGCUGGUGCGGUCUCAGACGUUGCCGCGCACUUCAGGAACGCAGGCCAGGAAAGCGCUCUUUGAGAAAUUUGAGCAGGACAGUGGAAAAGGAAAAGGAGAGUCCAAAGCAAAGCUGAAGCGGUCACAGAGUUUUGGGGUCGCCAGUGCAAGCAGCAUUAAGCAGAUUCUACUGGACUGGUGUCGCUCCAAAACCAUAGGAUACAAGCACCUUGAUCUGCAGAACUUCUCCUCGAGUUGGAGUGACGGGAUGGCAUUCUGUGCCCUCGUGCAUUCUUUCUUCCCCGAAGCCUUCGAUUAUAAUGCGCUUGACCCAGCUAACCGCAAGCAGAACUUUGAGCUGGCUUUCACCAUGGCUGAGAAACUGGCUCACUGCGACCGCCUGAUAGAAGUGGACGACAUGAUGGUGAUGGGACGCAAGCCAGAUCCCAUGUGCGUUUUCACCUACGUACAGUCACUAUACAAUCACCUGCGCCGCUUUGAAUAAACCCACUGGGAAGCUUGAACACAACCCCAUACUGAGACGACCCUGGUGUUUUCUCAACAAAAGGAGAGCAGUGUUUUGAGAAUAGAGCGCGGCCAUUAUUGUUCACUCUGAAGCUUGUUACCGUCCCUAUGCUUGCAUUCAGCCAUGUCACUGCUUACACUGUUGCCAAGCAGGGCCCCAAAGUGUUGAUCACAGCAGUGGGCCAGUAAAACACAGGAAAAGCAUAGGGAAAGGCAGAAAUCGUCAUUCUGGUGCUAGUGAUAAGUUGUUUUAAAUACAGUUGUGUUAAAAGAUUGAAGAAAACUAAAAUAUAAGUCUCCUUAUAGUCAGCUUGGGACACAUGGCUCUGUAUGGUAAGAGCACCUUUGUUUCAAAGUCAUUCUCUCCUACCAUAGUUUAAGCCACACAGGAUAACGUAGAUACGUUUUCUACUCCUCUGUCCAGUGUAGCACACAGGAAACAGAAGGUAGUUUACACCAAGACUUUACAAAGGAAGGCAGCCUCUGCUCUAGUGAAUACAAGUUAUCACUGCCCUCAGGGGUGUUUAUUCUGUUGUGUGCGUGCGCGCACACACAACAUAACAACCGCUGGUGGGGGUUCUUACAAAUCAGUGGCCCAUAUGGGGAUUGGAACCACAGCACAGGCCUUUGCCACGUAAGCUAAAGGAGUUACACACUUCACUUGCAGCAGUAGUAGGCUAUUAUCUUUUAUCUGCAUCAGCCACUAGAGACAAGGGACACAAUCCACUUAGCAUCUGAGCUCAAAUCCCCAUAUAGGCUAUUACUGUGUAACAAACUCCACCAGCAUGUGCCGGGGAGGUCAAACCUAAAAUCUUUUGCUCAAGUGGCUGGUUGAGGUCCUGGCUUAAGUCCUUGCUAAGAAGGCAUGGGAGGAGUGGGGCUGUUACUUGUAUGCAUUUAUGUACACGGUCAUAACUUCAGUGCUUACAAAGCAGCGAAGAUUAACUGCUCAGGAGUCCUAUUUAACAGGUAUAACACAGGCAGCAGCAGAGGAAGCUGCCCAGCAAUGUGCCUCCACCCCAGCCCUAGGAGCGAUCUCCAUGACCCAUUCCAUCCUCGGCCUCCCUGCUGAGGGAGUCUGCUAAGGUGCCACUAAAUGAUUUGGGAGUUUUGGAUCACCUUGGACUAUUUCUGAUCUCAGUUAACCCUCAUUAAGCCUCAGUAACCCCAUCAACUUCAGUGGUGUUAUUCCACAUUUACACCUGUGAAAAAAAGAUCAGGUUCCACCCUCUGGCUUCUGUUCACUAGAUCAGCAGCUUUGUUUUUGCAAUGAACGUAAAAAACUGAAGUCUCAUCCCCCACAGAACAAACUAAUAGAAAGUACAAUAGAAAGCCAGGCAAGCAGAUUGCUCUUGCUAAAGAAUGUUUUUUUACCUGCAUCUGUUCCUGUUCCUCACAGAUAUUUAUAAAAAUGACUUUGGUUCUGUAUUGACGACCAUUUAUAAUAAAAUAUAUGUCAAACUCCU